GUAUACUUACAUCCUGAAAGCCUCCGAGUCCAUCGUGUUCGAUAAUCAACUUGUUACAUAAGUGACUUGGUGAAUCGAAAUUCGAAUCGUGUAGGUCCUUAUAUAGGUCCAGUAUUGCGAGUCAACGGACGUCUGUCUUAGCACUAUACCGCGAUGCAGUGGUUCUCUACUCUGGCAUCGUCGCUGCGACCAGUCAUUUCCAGUAAUGUUGUAGAAAGCACCGAUUCCUCCGAGUCUGACAAAACCGCCGCUGUCGAGACAGGAAAAGGAUGGGGAGUAGUGAGAAAGUCAUUGUUUGACAAGCCAUCGCAAGUGGCGGGCGCGUUGUAUAGUCAAGUUGAUCACCCACUCAUUCAUCAAGGCGCUGCUGCCGUCAGCAGCCUGGGAGAAAAACUUGGAUCAUUGCCUGCUUCAGCACAGACGCUGUAUGGUGGAUUGCAUUUUCCAAAUGCUGGAAAGUCCUGCUGGGACAAAUUCACAGGUCUUGGUCCAAAUAUCCAAGGGUGUACAAACGAAUUCUUCCAGCGUGCCAAGGAAUUCCAUCCCUCCAACAAGAUGACAGAGUUGAGGAAGUCUGUGGAUGGCAUCACCAGCACAGCUACAAACCUGCACCAAGUCGUCAAAGGAGCCGCAGAACAACGCGGCAUUCCUCUCCGUUCCAUAUUACAAGAACUUGGAAAUGCCUUCAGUGCCCUAUUUGAAGAGCUGAAAGAGCAGUUUCCGCCACCCGAGGAGGCUCCCGGUCAUGAGAAGCGCAUGGCCAUGAUCAACACGGUUCUUGAUCGUCUCGAGGAGAUUUUUCUACACGUCGCCAUCAAGGUCGGAGCAAGCGAGGAACUCCUUAGAAGCCUCACCAGUUCUCUCAAGUCCGGUGUCAAACAUGUUGUUGUGACCAUCGGAGACGUUGGCGAGCAGCAUCCGCAGCUCGUAUGGGCCCUCUCGGGCAUUGUGUUUAGCAUGCUAUUUGCCGAAGGGCUUCUUUUCAUGGUUCUCCGCAUAGUUGGGUUUGGGCCUUUGGGACCAAUGAAAGGUGGAAUUGCCGCGUGGUUGCAAGGGUGGUUAUUUGGCCCUGCCGUGCCAAAGGGCGGUUGGUUUGCGAUGCUUCAACGCCUCGCCAUGUUAGGUGGAAAGCGGUUGUAAAGCUGGUGCGAGUUUCCGCAUUUAGUCCAUGACUGAAACCCUCCGGGUCUUUUACGUUUGUACAUUACUUGUGUAUUACAUAUGAUUUUUCGACG